GAACUGAGACGUUGUGCGAAACAGUGCAUCUGCGUCGAGAAAGGUACAGCGAGUGACGUUGGUCUGUUCUACUGUCAUCGUAUCCCCGCAAACGACAAAGAGUAUGCCGGCCGAACUCCCGAGGCUGUUUCCAGAGCUAUGCGACGUUAUCAUCGACUGCCUCCAUGACGAUCCACGCGCGUUGAUUGCGUGCAGCCAGGUCUGCCGAGAGUGGGUUCAUACAUCACGCGCUAUAUUGUUUCACAAAGUCUGUCUUCCUGGUCGACAAGUUCGCUCGCUCGUCUCUCUCUUGCGAUCAGAACACCAGACUAUAUCUGGCGCAGUAAAGGAACUCUCGAUCUCCAUACUCGACGAACACGCUGUCCUCACGGAGAUUCUCGCGGAGAUCCUCGCGUCGUUGCAUGCCAUCAAGACCCUCAAACUCCUUCACUUCGUUCUAUCGACUGGCGUGUCACAAGUGUUCGCCAUAAUGCCUGCCAAAGUGAAGAAGCUCAAAUUGGGAAUGAUAAUUGGGUUGGACCUCCAUCUUGUUGAACUCCUGAGCUCAUUCCCAGCAUUGGACACGCUGAGUUUCCCUCAAACGUUGGAAAGUCCCAUAAUCUACGGUGCAAGACAACCGAUCACCCACUUCUUCCCAAGGCCUCCGUUGCGAGCGCUGGAGCUCUGCUUGCCAUUCCCCUCUGCGGAAAAAAUCCUCGAUGCCUUAAUUUCCCUUUCCAUUCUCGAGUCGUUUGAAGACCUUUCUUUGCAUUGUCCUGAGGCUUUGAAAGGCAAAGAUGGCGUGAAAUAUAUGUCUGCCGUGGCGAGGCUCUUGAGCGGCCUCGGUCCCCAACUAGAACGACUUGAGCUGGAUCUUCGUUCGAAUUCCUAUCCAUUUUUGCAAGCUCAACACAUCGAUCUACGGCACUGUACUCGUCUCCGGGACAUCUCGAUUAAGUCCGCAACAGAAAGAACCAGCCAAGCGUGGGCGCCUCUCGUCCUCAGGAAUUUGAAUACAGCUAGCAUUCGAACUGUGCGAUUUAUUCUUCGACCGAUUAUUCGUGACAGGCGGUUACGUCCGCUCGCUGCGGUCAUAGAAGCACCGUAUACGGUCUCGACGCCAUGGCUCGAUUGGAUGUCCGACUGGAUAAACAGAGAGGCUUUUCCCUUGUCGUCUGCAAAAUGUCCAUUGCUCGAACGUGUUACGUUUGAGGUUUUCCUCCGCCCCUCAUUAAUCUCCCUCCUCUCCGAAAAUUUGUCGUUUAUUGGCAGGCUGGAUGAUCUGGAAGCCCACCUCCAGAGCCAAUACGCGUAUCUUAAUAUCCAGGAUCUGCUAUCGGUAGAGGUAACGCCUCUGAAUAAUGACCGGAAAAAAGAAGCGAUAUUGGCGCCGUCGCCAUAGCUGGAGACGAUCCACGAAGAUUGCGAUAUAUAGUGUAAGGCGGCAGACAUCGGUCUCUCACGGAUGGGUAGCAUAUUGACAUUGUAUGCUUGAUCGUCGAUUGCGAUUUAUUCCCCUUGACGCCGACCACUUGAUGUGCUCAUUGCACAAGUACUGUAGAGACACAACGUAACCACAUGUACACAUAACAAAAUC